AUGGGCCCCAUGCCCAAUAGUGCAACCACCCCACACCGCCCUGCCAGCUACCCAGCCCUCUCCCCUCCCCUCUCCUUAUCCGAUCGAACGCCUCCCCCGAACGGCUGUGCUGAGCUCGUCCUCGUCAAAAACAAACAGGGUCAAACACUGUCAGAACCGAUCAUCGAGAAACAUACCAGCGCAGGCGAAGAUGAAGACUUUGCCUUCGGCGUCUCCGAGAUGCAAGGCUGGCGAUUGACUAUGGAAGACGCACACGCUGCCGUAUUGGAUCUCAACCGUGCCCCUCCGAAUUCGUCCUCAACCCCCUCCGUUUCUACAGACCCUUCGAAGAAGCGUACGAGGUUCUUUGCGGUAUAUGAUGGUCAUGGCGGCGCGACUGUCGCCAAAUUUUCCGGCGAUACCGUCCAUUUCAGAUUACGCUCUACACCCCAAUACCAGAGUGGAGAUUACGAGGCUGCACUCAAACGAGCCUUCCUGGCCACCGAUGAGGACCUCCGUAGCAAUCCGGAUUUCGCCAACGAUCCCUCCGGGUGUACCGCUGUUGCUGCGCUAAUCACACCCGACGGCAAAAUAUUAGUGGCCAAUGCUGGGGAUUCACGAUCGGUCCUGUGUGUUAAUGGUGUCGCAGAACCCAUGUCGCACGAUCACAAGCCCGUCAACCGGGACGAGAACAAUCGGAUCGUCGCUGCUGGUGGAUUUGUGGAGUUCGGACGAGUGAAUGGUAAUCUGGCACUUUCUAGGGCUAUCGGGGACUUCGAAUUCAAGCAAAACAAGGACUUGUCCCCCGAAGCCCAAGUGGUCACUGCCAAUCCUGACAUCUUGACCCAUCAGAUCACGGUAGAGGAUGAGUUUUUAAUCUUGGCAUGUGAUGGUAUUUGGGAUGUCUAUUCUAACCAACAAGUGGUUGAUCGAGUCCGACGACUACUUGGGGAGCGUAAAACGCUCGAACAAGUAGCUGAGCAGAUGAUCGAUUACUGUCUUGCUCCGGAUUGCGAAUGGGGCGGAGUAGGAUGCGACAACAUGACGUUUAUGGUUGUGGCUAUCUUAGGCGGGAAGACGAAGGAGCAAUGGUACGAUAUGAUCUGCCAGCGACUGGAGCGUGGGGAGGGACACCAGACACCAAGCAAUUUCCCACAGCCAUACGCCCGGGGACCUCGAGGAGAGAUGAUACCGAAUAUCAUGAGAUUGGGCGACAGCCCCGACGAUCGCACAAGCCCGCCUGGCUACAAUCAGGACUCCGAAGACCACAGCACCAACGCUGCUUCCGGUAACACAGGCAGCAGCCUCUUCUCUCUCGCUCCAGUCAGCAUCAUCGAGGCUCUCAGUCGGUAA